AUGCGAUGGCAGGAGCAGCAGCUCGGUGACUCCAACGAGCCAUGGGCGGCGGACCCUGAAGGUAGGGCCGACGAAGACGGCAGCAACGGGCGAGGGGCACCUGCCAGACUACAGGCACCUUGCGGGCGGCAGCGCGAGGCAGCAGCGGCGACUCAUGGCCAGUUGGCCCAGCGGCUUGUAGUGGUGGCUCAAGGCCGUUUGGCAAGGAUGCCUGCAAUGGCGGCUCAAGGCCGGUCGGCGCGGGGUGGCUCUCCGCAAGGCUUCAAAGCUAACCACAAUUCCGAUCACAAUUGUUGGCUCUUCCACACUUUGACAAAGCGCAAGCGGCUCGACACCCUAGGAAAGAUCCCUCCAAGAACUCAACACCACCGUGCGCAGGCCCCAUGGUAG